AUGUUCAAGUUACUAUUUGGAGGGACUCGAGAUCAACAAGGAGCUGCUUCUUUUUUUGGAGAUAAUAACGAAAUUGUGAAAUACGUGAUGAAGUUUCUCUUGUUGUUGCUGUUGGCGCCUUUCAUCAGUGCUCUGAGGUUCGAUCUGAAGGCUGAGUCCAAGCCGGAACAGAUGUGUAUCAGAGACUUCGUCUCUGAAGGUGAGUUGGUGGUUAUUAACAUUGACACAGACGGUAGUCUCAAUGACGGUAACGUGCUAAACUUGUACGUGCACGACUCUAAUGGUAACGAGUACAGAAGAUUGAAGAACUUCGUCGGCGAGCAACGUAUUGCGUUCACUGCGCCAGCUACUACUUCCUUCGACGUGUGUUUCGAGAACACUUUGGACUCCAACCGUGGUAACAGAAACGCCAAGCGUGCCAUUGAAUUGGACAUCGAGUCUGGUUCUCAGGCCCGUGACUGGAACAAGAUCAGUGCCACCGAGAAGCUGAGACCAAUUGAGCUGGAGCUGAGAAAGAUCGAGGAAUUGACCGAUGAGAUCGUCGACGAAUUGAACUACUUGAAGAACAGAGAAGAGAGAUUGAGAAACACUAACGAAUCCACUAACGAGCGUGUCAGAAACUUCUCCGUAUUGGUCAUCAUCGUCUUGACCUCUCUAGGUGCAUGGCAGGUAAACUACUUGAAGAACUACUUCAAGUCCAAGCAUAUUAUUUAG